UGAGGAAAGCAGGACUAUUGGGCACGACGAAGAGAUGGAAUCAGUGCCGACACUUCUUAUCACAACUGCAACAGGAGCCAAUAAGAGGUUUUCACAGAAAUGACUGAUGGGCCCCUCUGUUAACCUUGUGAAGAAUGUGGUGAACGGAUUAUCAAAACAGGACCUCAGUGGCUUCUCUUUAUUCUCCUCAAGUGUCAGGAAAGCUUUAUCAGCACUAACAAGCACCUGUGCUUCACAGGAAUUGUUGGCAUUCACAGACUGGGAGAAGAACAGGGAAGCUCUCACAUUGACCAAUGUCAACCACUGCUAUGGGCAACUCCACCUUACCUGGCUUAGAGGCAGCAACUGCAAGUGUGGAUGCUGUUAACCCUUUAGGGAGCUCCAAUGGCAGCUUGUCCGAAACCAGUGCCUGGGGCAUCAGUGGCAGUGGUCCGUGGCUGUUGGCGUGCAUGUUAACCCUUAUCAUCCUGAUGACGGCUUGUGGCAACACUCUGUUGAUCGCUCUGGUGUUUGCCCAACGCUCCUUACGCAACACCUCCAACUGUUUCCUGGUGUCUCUCUUCCUGUCUGACCUGAUGGUGGCUCUGGUGGUGAUGCCGCCGGCAAUGCUCAAUGUGCUGUACGGUGCCUGGGUGUUGUGGCCGGGCUUCUGCCCCGUGUGGCUCUGCUUCGACGUCAUGUGCUGUAGUGCCUCCAUUCUCAACCUGUGUGUGAUCAGCCUGGACCGCUACCUCCUCAUCAUCUCGCCGCUGCGCUACAAGCAGAGGAUGACCCCUCCCCGGGCCCUGCUUCUGGUGGGAGGGGCCUGGGGUCUGGCCGCCCUCACCUCCUUCUUGCCCAUCAAGAUGAACUGGCACAGCUUGGGUCAUGGGAGUGGCCAUUCCCCAAUGCAUGGGGCUGGCAGUGCCAACGUCAGCACAUACCCAGAGCUGAGCUUGUGGUAUCACGCCUCCUACAUCCAGCUGUCGCCCUCCGGUGGCCUGUCCUUCCAGUGUUGUCUGCGGGUUACCUUUCCUUUUGCCCUGGUGGCGUCCGUCCUCACCUUCUUCCUGCCAUCCAGUGCCAUCUGCUUCACCUACUGUCAGAUUCUCCUGGCGGCGCGGAGACAGGCGAGGCGGGUGGCGGCGCUAAGUCAACCGCCGUACCCGCACCAUUCGCCUGGGGAGCCUUCUCACCCUCCGUCACCAGGUGGGGGGCGCCGCCGGACAUGCUCACCUCGAUUGUCGGUGAACAGCGAGCGGCGGCUGGCCCACCGGCAGGGACGGAGGGCAGUGAAGGCCAGUCUGACCCUGGGAAUCCUGCUGGGCCUCUUCUUCAGCGCCUGGCUGCCCUUCUUCAUCACCAACAUGGCCCAGGCGGUAUGCGAGUGUGUUCCCCCGGCGCUCUUUGACGCCAUCACCUGGCUGGGCUACUGUAACAGCACCAUGAACCCCAUCAUCUACCCGCUGUUCAUGCGUGACUUCAAACGGGCCCUGGGGAGGCUGCUGCCCUGCUGCUCCACUCACUCGCCCCGCAGACCCUCACUGGCGCUCUCCCUCUCCCUCCGCAACUCUGGCGAGCCCAACCUGCCCACGGAGCCCCCCUCCCUGGCCUCCGACCCCCCACAGCCCCCCGCCACCGCCACAGACUCCGUCAACCUGUUUGACGACGACCACGCUGGGAUUGAGCUGCCCCUGCUGUUACCAAAUCAGGUGGACACGCUGGACUGAAGAGGAGGAUGGAGAGUAGAGUGUGAAGAGAUGUUACAUACUGUAACUUAUUACCACCAAGGGGAACUUGGCUGAGGGGAAAGGUUGGAGGAAGGUGUAAUGUUAAACUCAUCAAAGCGGCACUUGUGGGUGGUAGCAAGAUGGAAAAAGAAUCUAGACUGUGCAAUUUAGUGAGCAUACAGGGCAGGAGUGGAUGAGAGAGAGCUAGGUGCUGAGAAUCACUGGGUGACUACAUUAGAUGACAUCACUGUGAUAACCAUUAUAAAAAAUGCCAGGGACUCAUUCAUGCUGCAUUGUCUUCAUAUCCACAAAAGUGGGAGGAUGUCUAUAAAUAGUAUUGUAAUUAAAUGUUUUUAAUUAACAUCCUCUCUACAUUAAAAUUACAUUACUUUAACACACUAUACAGUGCAUACAUUAUUCAUCAAUUAUUAGGCUGCCAUAGUUAAAUACAUCUAAAAGCCCUAAGGGGUUCACAUGUUCAUGAUUAGUUCAAUUAAGAUGUUUUUCACUGGAAGUUGCCAUUUGUGUCCACUGAUGUCUUCACUGAGUGUUCUGGCACCCGAGUGUGCUGAGAAGCUAAAGGAGGUCUUUCCACACACAACUGUGAUGUUGUUGGUAAUUCGUGCUGAGAAGAGGCAGAAGAACUGCAGUUGGUCCUAUAACCUCCUAUGUUCGCCUGUUUGGUCCCAUGUGUUGAUGUGAUCCCUCAAACUCGAGAUGGGAAGCUGCACCGUUGUCCUUAUGGGUGUCAUUCCCCUCAGAACUAUGUUGCAGGUUACCCUGAACACUAUAUUUUCGGAGAAGGAAAAGUGGGAUUUCUGGACAUAUUUUCAACCCUUCGUAGAUGGAAAUGAAAUAUGUAUACCGUGGACUUGUUGUAAUAACUGGACAUUAUUUGACACUUUAUAGAUUUCACGUUGUGUAACUGAAGUUUUGUUGUGAAUAAAAACACCAUGUUGCUAAAUUAUGCUUUAUAUACUGCAGCCAUCGUUGACGGUGACAACAUUGUGAUGUGACAGACGAUGGUUUAGCUUAUUUGAACUUGACUGGCGCCGCGCACGAGAGUCGGGCACGAGUGACAUUCCGAGAUAUUUCCCUAUUCCUAUUUGCUAUAGCCUAUUUCAAUAAAUGUUAUAUACAGAACGCAAGGUUUUUGUCACAACCGGGCUUGUGGGAAGUGACAAAGAGCUGUUAUAGGAACA